AUGGACGUCGACACCGAUCCAACCACAACAACAACAAUCCCAAUCCCAAUCACAAAACCAACCAACAAACCCACCAAAAACCGCACUCUCGCUCAGGCAACCCUCAAAAACCCGCCCUUCGCCUACGCCCACCUCGUAGUCCCGCCCAUACCCACACCCUCAUCCCACCCGCAAACUACUACCACACUAGACAACCUGCAAGUGCGGUCCUACCUGACCUCGGCCCUCCGGCAAUUCCUCGGCGACACGGGCGCGGGGAUGAGCAUCGACAUCCUGCUGGUGCGGGACGGGUCGGCGUGGGUGCGGGUGCCGCGGGCCGAUCUGGCGAGCUUCGCGGCCGCCGUGACAGCCUUUCCCGGGCUGGGGUCAUCAUCAGCGGGAGGAGGUCCGCUGCAGCUGCAGCUGCGGGCAUGCGGGGAUUGGCUGGGGAGUUUACUUGGGCGGGACGAACAGGGGGAGUUGUGGACUUCAUGA